AUGCGUGUUGGUGUGUUCUGUUCAGCCGUUUAUCCGGGUCACACCAAAUAUAGGGCGGACAUGGAGGAAUACACGGACAUCGCCAACAUUGAGAACAUGCAGCCGCAGUCAGAGAUAAGGUCUCUGACAUCCACGAAAGAGGGGACAGAGUGUAUGGAGCAGUUGCGAAUGUUGCAAAUGAAAGUAAUGGAAAGGCUAGGAGAGGCGAGAGUGGGGAAGCAGCUCAAGAUAGAUAUCGAGCACGAGAUGAAUGGAUGCGCUAAAAAUUGCGAGAUGGUGGCCCAGUUGUCCAAAGGAUCACUGGGUAAGCUGGAAAGAGAACCACUUGUCGACUGGAGCGAUGUAUGCCAAGAGCUCCGCGGAUUUCAACAGCGAAGAGCGGGCAGGAAGCCGCAGGUACGGAGGUUUCUCAGAUAGUA